UCAGCCGAAUCUACUAACAGCAGCCGGUCAAGAUGCCUUUCUCCAAGCUCCAGAAGAACGACGCCUACUUCUCGCGGUACCAAGUCAAGUACAAGCGCCGCCGACAGGGAAAGACCGACUACUAUGCCCGUAAGAGGUUGAUCACCCAGGCCAAGAACAAGUACAAUGCGCCCAAGUACCGCCUCGUCGUUCGCUUCACCAACAAGGACAUCAUCUGCCAAAUCGUCCACUCCGAGAUUGGCGGAGACAAGGUCUUCAUGGCUGCUUACGCUCACGAGCUGAAGGCCUAUGGCAUCACCCACGGUCUUACCAACUGGGCUGCUGCCUACGCCACCGGUCUUCUCCUUGCCCGCCGUGUUCUCAAGAAGCUCAAGAUUGACGAGGACUUCGUCGGUGUUGAGGAGGCCGAUGGUGAGUUCACCCUCACCGAGGCCGCUGAGGUUGACGGUGAGGAGCGCCGCCCAUUCAAGGUCUUCCUUGAUGUCGGUCUCACCCGCACCUCCACCGGUGCCCGUGUCUUCGGUGCCAUGAAGGGUUGCUCUGACGGUGGUGUCUUCGUCCCCCACUCCGAGAACCGUUUCCCUGGAUACGACAUCGAGGCCAAGGAGCUCGACGCCGAGGUCCUCCGCAAGUACAUCUUCGGUGGUCACGUUGCUGAGUACAUGGAGACCCUCGCCGAUGACGAUGAGGAGCGCUACAAGUCUCAGUUCAGCGGCUACAUUGAGGACGACAUUGAGGCUGAUGGCCUUGAGGAGCUCUACCAGGAUGCCCACAAGCAGAUCCGCGAGGACCCCUGGAAGAAGGUUGAGGGUUCGGGACCCAAGAAGACCAAGGAGGAGUGGGCUGCGGAGUCGAAGAAGUACAAGACCAAGAAGCUCACCAAGGCGGAGAAGGAGGCGCGUGUCAAGGCCAAGAUUGCCGAGCUUACUUCUGCUUAAGCGGUAGCCUUUUCUUCUUCAUACUCUGUUCUAUUAUGAAAAAAGUACGGCUCUGGCGUCUGGGGAUGACAUGGCAAGGAUGCUUGUCAUGACAGGAUACAUGUUCUGUACUUAGCCUUUCACGACCUCAAUGAGAAGAUACGACGACGGGCCACGCAGUUGGCUGUCGCAAACAAGAUACCCCCUUUUCA